CCUACCUACACUCUUGUGAAAUCACACUUGCGGAUUUGUUGUUGAAAGCUGGUAUAGUUACUAAGACAAUAGUCCCUCAAAAUGUUGUCAACGUGGCUCUAAAUGGGCAAUGGGUUGAGUUUCAUCAACCUCAGCAUCAACGUCAAGGGUUUAUGCCACAUCCGGUUUGUGAGAUGCAAGAAAUGGUGUCUCCAACGUCUCUGAUGAUGGGUACAUUAUCUGAUAAACCACAAGCGCAUGGGAGGAAAAGAUUGGCUUCAUCAGGAGGAGAUAUUGUGGAGAAGACUGUAGAGAGAAGGCGCAGAAGAGGAUGA